GCCCCCUUUGCGCGCUCCCGCUCCGGCCGUGAGACUAGGACCUCAGGUGGCGAGGCCCGGGUGCGGGUGCGUGGCCGGUGGCCGUGCGAGGUUUCUCAGCGCUCACCGAGCCGCGCUGUCCCCCCGUCUGUACUCAGUGCGCUGGUCCACGGCAAACUCCGCGCGCUGCGUGCUCGGGGCCGCGCCAGCCCGGGUGGCCGCGUGCAGGGUGCAGGGAAGUGAGCCCAGCAGGGAAGAUGGAGCUGGCCACGCGCUCCCAGAUCCCCAAAGAAGUAGCUGACAUCUUCAAUGCACCCAGUGACGAUGAAGAGUUUGUGGGUUUCCAGGAUGAUGUUCCCAUGGAAAACCUGUCAGAGAGCUGUGGUAGUUUGGACUCGCUGGAGUUGGAGAAACAGCAGAACAUAUGUUUCCAUUCCAAAUACUUCACAGAAGAACUAAGAAGAAUUUUCAAAGAGGACACAGACUCAGAAACUGAAGAUUUUGAAGGAUUUACGGAGAGUGAGCUGAACAUAAGCAGUAACCCAGAGCUCCUGAAGUCAGAGCUGAGUGACAGUGACAAAGCAUAUCCCAUCAUGAGUGAUGAGGAGGAAGAUGACGAAGAAGAGGCUGUACCUAGAAGAGGCAGGUCCACAAGAAGAAGGAGAAGCAGAAGCAGUUUUGGCCUUCGGGUAGCCUUUCAGUUCCCCACCAAAAAACUGGCCAAAACGCCAGAUAAAAAUAGCUCACACUUGCUGGACAGUAAGACGGAUCUUAGAAGAGAGAAGAGCUCCAGACAGCCCAAGGAAAGGGAAGACUCUGCUUCAGAUGCUGAGGAUGAGUCCAGGGCUGAGAGCCAGGAAAAUUCGGACGCUCUGCUGAAAAGGGCCAUGAACAUCAAAGAGAACAAGGCUAUGCUCGCUCAGUUGUUGGCAGAAUUGAAUUCAGUGCCAGAUUUCUUCCCUGUUCGGACACCACCUUCAGCUUCUAGGAGAACACCACGACGGGCCUUCUCAGAGGGACAGAUCACACGGCGUGUGAACCCAACCCGAAGCGCACGACCUCCAGAAAAGUUUGCUCUGGAAAACUUCCCCUUCUCAGCCACCAAGCUUACUGAAGAGCUUUACAGUUUCAGGAGAAGAAAGACAAUCAGUGGGGGGAAAUGCCAGAAGUAUAGACGUCACCGGAUAUCUUCUUUCCGCUCAGUGCAAGACAUUACUGAGGAAGACUUGGAAAACAUUGCCGUAACUGUGCGUGACAAAGUCUAUGAUAAAGUGCUUGGUAACACGUGCCAUCAGUGCCGGCAGAAGACCAUCGACACCAAGACAGUCUGUCGGAACCAGAGCUGUGGCGGUGUGCGGGGACAGUUCUGUGGCCCGUGCCUGCGGAAUCGCUAUGGGGAGGAUGUGCGGACAGCAUUGUUGGAUCCGAAGUGGAUAUGUCCGCCCUGCCGUGGGAUCUGCAAUUGCAGUUACUGCCGGAGGCGAGAUGGCCGCUGUGCCACUGGGAUUCUCAUUCAUCUGGCCAAGUUCUACGGUUAUGAUAAUGUCAAGGAGUACCUGGAGAGACACUUCUCCGUCUGUCCGUCUGUCGUUUAGCUUACAGAAGCAGCUGUAGAAGACAGUCGAGAGGAGACGGAUCGCUCGAACUUACCAGGCGGAGUCCCACAGAACAAGUCUGCUCUUGGUGCCAGCCUUAUAAGAUGCUUGAUUCUAGAAUUUACUGGUUCUACUACUGUUGUUCUAAAAAAAAAUGUUUAUAUGCUUAAAAAGAUUUCUCAGGAAAAAUAGGGAAGCAGAGAAAUCUGUAUAUGUACCUGCACAGACCUGUAUUGUUACAAGUGUCUGCUGAAGAUUUAAAAGCACAAUUUGAAUGGGGCAGAGUUAAUGCUCAGGUAAGCUAACAGCUCCACCCAUGGUCACUCCCUUCCCACAGAGCCUGUUGCUUUGCCUCCCGAGUGACCACAGCUCAAACCUGAUAGUUUAUUGUGCUCUGGGUAUUGAAUUCUGGGUCAUUAGAAAUUUGAAGAAUGUUACUCUAAACUGCCAAGUGCAAUUAACGACACACUGUGAGUAAGGUGUCCUUUUUAAUUAAGAGAUGACAGAAACAGACACUGGAGGCCUCAGUGUGCUCGCCUCUUCCUUCAGGACCUGCCUGGAACCUGCUGCUUCUAUGUUUU